AUGGUGAUUGAAGUCAUUUUUGCUGUGAUGUGCCUGCUUGUGUCUCAAGCAAAAGGACUGCAGUGCACCACAUGCAGAAAUGUGGGUGGAUCUUGCAGUGGACCCUCUCAGCAGUGUCCCGCACUUGACUCGUGUGCCAGCUCCAAUGUUGCAACUAUAUUAGGGGGUUCAACUUCUGAAGUAAAUACCAAAAGCUGCGUCCCAUCUGCACAAUGUCUCAGUGGUUCCAUGAACAUGGGAAUUGUAGGGGUCAGACAGAGCACCUUGUGCUGUGACAAAGACAACUGCAACAACGGAACGUCUCCAGCUGGAGUGAGCGCUACCACCUUGAAGGGCUGUGCCACCCAAAGUGCCUGCUCCGGAGCGUUAUUAGAGAACCUGUACUUGGUGGGUGCGAAACUGACCUGCUGUGAGGGGGAUCUGUGCAACAGUGCCUGGAGUGCUACACACAGUGUCCUGUUCCUGCUGUGGCCCCUGGGCUCUGUUCUGCUCUUCCACUGA